CUGACAGUCAGAACAGCCUCUGCGCUUCACAGCUGAAUCGGACUAACGGGAGAAAAGAAUCCGCUCGGGACAGCUGCGACACAUAAUUCAGCACAAUGGGAGCAUCCUCAUCCAGUCUUUUGGACGGGCGUAAACUAUGCUACAUAAGAGGCCGGACAGAGGCUGAGCUGAAGAACUUCAGUCCUCAUUACAGAAGACAGAGCUGUGUAGCCUUCUUUUACCUUUUAAAGGAUGAGGUGGAGCAGCACAGAUCAGGCCAGGCCCAGUUGCUCAAACAGAAGGAUUAUCUGCAGGCCUCAGAGGUUCUAUACAAGGACAGCAUGCUUUACUUUGAUGACAACAGGAAAUGGAAAGAGAGAUUUGUUGUGGUCCAUGCAGACUAUAGCCUGGAGCUACAUGAUAGCCAGGAGACUUAUUCAAAGGGAACACCUGCACGGCACAUACUCCUGCCAACAGGGGGCACUGUGUUGACCUCAGAAGAGAAAUACAAUGCCAUCGUAGACAAGGCCUUUCCUGAUCCUAAUGGAUAUAAAGAAGAGUCCUCUGUCCCUCUGGUAGUGGUUCCAGGUCCACUUCCUGUGUACCUGAGACUGCCUUACAGACGAGACUCUUACUUCAGUUUCCAGCAGGAGGAGAAGCGAGCCUGCUUUGUCUCAAUACUGAAUGACUGCAUUCGCCAUCAGAACCAAGAUUAUCUGAAGAGAAUGACCUGUGAGGUGCAGGCUUUCCUGAAGGCCAUUCACUUCUACAGACAGGAGAAGGGUCAUUAUGAAUCAUGGGAUAUGCUUGUGGGCACUGACUGUCAGGUGCUAGCUAACCUGGUAAUGGAAGAGUUACUGCCCUCGCUGCAGACAGAGCUGUUGCCCAAACUAAAGGGAAAGAAGCGGGAGAUGAAGAGGGUGUGGUUUACGACAGUGGAAACAACGUAUGAGCUUGUGCAGGAACAGCUUCGAGAGGGACUAGAGAGUUUGAAAAAUGAGUGCAGAGACACCACCAAACAGCAGGAGGCACUCAUACGCUCAGACAUGGACCAGAUCAUCAACUCACAAACAUUUCUGGAAACUAAACUGCAAGCUUUGGUAUCAGGGCCAGCCAUAAAAUACAGUUCAGAGAGUGUGGCCCCAUACCUUGCCUCUAUUCUGGAGGAGCUGAUGGGUCCAGUCAGUGCAGGAUUCCAGGCUGUGAGGUUGCUGCUGGAAGAUGAGCUGACCCGAGUCUGCAAGGAUUUCCCUCAGGGAGGAGUCACAGAGGAUCUUAAGACAGCUCUGAAGCAGGUGGGCCGUGACCGUAUGGAGGACUGUUACCAGCAUGUGAGCGUCUUGAAGGAGCAGCUCCAGGAACUACGCAACCGCUUCAAGUUUUCCAACUCAAUACAAGUCGUUCACUACACCCAGAGUCAAAUGCAACAGCUGAUGGAGAAUGCAUUGUACACUUUCGAGAUCCUACUUCAGUCUACCUUAAAGGAUAAACCCGAUAAACAGGCCUCAGUCAUGGAGAAAGCUAAGCUACGCGUCCUCAAGCAAUUUGACUAUGACAGCAGCACAGUGAGAAAGAAGAUAUUCCAGAAGGCCCUAGUGGACAUCACUUUACCUGCCAUCAGGAGAAACCUGGCUCCUGACUGCAAAACUGCACUUCAGAAUUAUGAACAAUUCAUAUUUGCUGAUUACACAAAAUUUGUUCAAGUGGAGAAUGUCUAUGAGAACAUAUUACUCAACAUUUUGAACAAUGAAGUCAACAAAGUGGUGAAGGAGGCAGCCAGCUUGAAGAAGAACAACCUGAUUGCUGACAGUACUGACCUGCACUGUGUUAGUCAGAGCAGCUUAGCUGAAAACCGGAUUCCUCCACUUUCUGCCCCAUCCAGCCCACCCAAAGAAUUGGCGUCUGAGGCUCCCUCUCAACAGGCUGAGCAGAAGACCACCUCUCCAUUUGAAGAAAAAAUCAUUGAAGAGACCCAUCAGAAACAUGAUCUUUCAAUCAUUCCUGUGGUGAAUAUUACAGUGUGUUCUCCAGAAUCUUUGGAACCUAUAUCACCAUCAAGUGUUGCUGCAACAGUUCAACCAGAAGUUCCAUCAAUAAUACUUAACAAUUCAUCUCCUGUUCUUGAGGUGUCUUCUUCCUUUGAUGCCAAAAGAGUCACAUCUGAUAUCGCCACUCCCAAACCUGACAUCUCUGAGACUAAUGCAGUAUCAAACACAUCUGAUUCACCUACAACUAAUCUAGAUGGUUCCUCAAUUAAAUCUAAAACCAACUUAUCUGCAGAUGAUUCUUCUUCUUCAUCAGGACCAGAGAAACCUUCUGAAGUGCAGGAUGGAGUUGAAGAGGAACCUUCAUAUGAGAGUCAGUGUUAAACCAGUAGUACUUCUUCCUCUGUUAGUUCUGACCGAGCCAUCUAUCUCAACUCAACAGAAGGAAGUGUUACAGAGGCAUCUGAAACAGUGACUGUUGAUGGUACUCUGUGUGUUAGUAAUGCAACAGAUGAGGAGAAUAGAGAUGCAAUUCUUCAGUCUGAAAUCCAACCUGACUCUACCUCAAAUAUCAAUUAAGUUCACCCUGAUGUAUGUGUUAAAGACACUGACAUAGAGACUCCAGAGGAAGCCAGGGCUUCCACUGGUAACACUGUGGAUAACAGAGCCUGUGAGGCAGUGCCCUCUGGUGUUGAGAAUAGAAGUUAAGCACAAGACACCAGCCAUGUAGAUGUUUCUACUCUUGACUCCUGAUUUUACAUUGGGGAGCGCUGUUGCUUUAACAUCAGAUCUGGAGAACCACAGUGACAGGGCAAUGUGCACAAAUCCACCAGAGCAGGACUGCACUGCUGGGGAUGUAGACACAGAGGAUACCGCUGACAGUGUGAAGGCUAUCAGAGAUUUCAUCAUGGAGGUAAUCAAGUUAGAAGACACUGUAAGACCUUGUGUUGAAAACUAACAAUGUUUGCAUUUUAAAGUUGGAAAACUUUAGUUAUAUCAGUAUUUUUAUCAAUAAUCCUAUUGUUGACAUCACAUGGUUUGACAUGUAAUAAUAAAAAAAAAAACUCACAUAGUAACCAAGUGCCUGUGUAAACACAAUUUAUAUAGCUUAUCUACUAACAAUUAAUCUUGUACCAUAUUGAGAGAAAAAAGAAGGCGGUUUAUUUGUACUUGCAGUUUGUAUUUGUAUUCAGUAUUAUGUCAAUGAUUAAAUGUAAUAUUGACACAUUUUUCUUUAUUUUUGAAACCUUUUGAGCCCCCCCUACAAAAAUCAAAUGACAAAGAACAAAAAAAAAAUACCUUUUAGAUGGUACACAAAUGUUUUUAGGGGACUGAUAACACUAUGUAACACAAUUUUUGUUCCUGGGUAGUAAGUGUUAUUUCCUAAUUG